CGUCGGGGUUGAGCGCCCCCCCCUCCCCGGAGCCGAGGGCUCGCGCUCUUCCGAUCGCCCGGGCCCGCCCCGCUGGAAGAAAUGAGUGGUGGAUUGGCCCCAAGUAAAAGCACAGUGUAUGUAUCCAACUUGCCCUUUUCCCUGACCAACAAUGACUUAUACCGGAUAUUUUCCAAGUAUGGCAAAGUUGUAAAGGUUACUAUAAUGAAAGAUAAAGAUACCAGGAAGAGUAAAGGUGUUGCAUUUAUUUUGUUUUUGGAUAAAGACUCUGCACAAAAUUGUACCAGGGCAAUAAACAACAAACAGUUAUUUGGUAGAGUGAUAAAAGCAAGCAUUGCUAUUGACAAUGGAAGAGCAGCUGAGUUCAUCCGAAGACGAAACUACUUUGAUAAAUCUAAGUGUUAUGAAUGUGGGGAAAGUGGACACUUAAGUUAUGCCUGUCCUAAAAAUAUGCUUGGAGAACGUGAACCUCCAAAGAAGAAAGAGAAAAAGAAAAAAAAGAAAAUUCCUGAACCAGAAGAAGAAAUUGAAGAAGUAGAGGAAAGUGAAGAUGAAGGAGAAGAUCCUGCUCUUGACAGCCUCAGUCAGGCCAUAGCUUUCCAGCAAGCCAGAAUUGAAGAAGAGCAAAAAAGGUGGAAACCCAGUUCAGAGGGUCCCUCAACCUCUGAUGAUUCAAGACGCCCAAGGAUAAAGAAAAGCACAUAUUUCAGUGAUGAGGAAGAACUUAGUGAUUAAAAUUAUAUUUAUUAUAUUUGAAAGUAUCCAUUUGGAAAUUGGGUUGAAUGUAUGUUAAAACAAUUGGAAUUUAUGCGAGAAAAAAAGAUACAUAAAAUGUGCAGAAGAUUGAAAGGAGUAGUUUUAUUUUUUUAGGACCAAGUUUUAUGAAGUUAUCCCAUAGCACUAAUGGUGAGUAAUUCAGAACUUAAAUACAUUUGGAAAAAUAAUUAUGCCUAUUAUACUGCCUUACUAAACACAAAUAUACAAAAAAUCCUGUGCCGAAAACAAAUCAGUUUCACUAAAAGAGAGAUGUUGACAGGAAGCCAGGAAGGCUGAUCAACAACCUUAAUUGCUCUAACCACUCACCCUUUAGUUGAGACAUUGUUAGCUGAAGCAACCUCCACCUUUGUUUGACACAUGUAAGUUUCUGUUAUUUCCUGCCUAAGGGCUACAUGUAAGUUUCUGUUUAUCCUGGCUAAGAUGUUUUCCC